AUGAAGCAAUUGAGGAAACUCCCCAACCCAAUCCUUCUAUCUCCAACUCCGCCUCCAAUCCCUCUACCUACUACGAUCCCUCAAAAUCUGAACAGCAAUGAACAGCGGAAAGACGCAUAUGAGCAGUGCCUUUCACUGGAGGGGCGAGAAGCAUGGGGUCUCCAGGUUCGUGACCUUGAGAAGGAUUACUUGGAGAACAUUAUGAACCGCCUCAGUCCGGAUGUUGUUGCACGUGUCCUGGGACGAGGUUUGCUUACGGCUCCUAACGAGCAAGGAUUUGACGAAUUAACGCGUCCCACGCCCCAACUAUCCAGGCAAUCCUUUGAGCAAACAAAGCAGAGGGGGUCUCCUUUGCUCCAGCAGCCCUCAAUCCCCGAUACGAAGCUGAAGCAGCUCAUCUUGCGUCGCGACAACUAUCGCUGCAUAUUCACUGAUCUCUUGGAUUCUUCGGCAGAAGGGGAGGGUUCUCCGAUGGAAGAGGAUAUCAGCACAGAGUCAGACCUAGUCGAAAUGACUGAAGACAACAUGCGUGUGCAGGAAAUCAAACCUACGCUCGGUAUUACAUUCGUCUCUCAUAUCGUCCUUGGCCCGGCAGCAGUGUUGAUCGAGCGGUUUGGAGGUAUCCCCUCACAGAUACUUGGGGAUGAAAGUCUGAACGGUCCCUUAAAUGCAUUCACAGCGUCGGCAACGCCUCACCAGCUGUGGAUGGUGCCAGCUAAGGACAAGGAAGCACUUUCAGGGCGACAGAUUGCGAGAACGAUUUGGGAUCAAAAGAGUCGUUACGCUAAGAGUGAAGAUGAAGAACCUCCCCACCUCCCUGACUCACGUCUUAUCGCCCUGCAUGCUGCCUGUGCAAUGAUUCUUCACCUGUCUGGUGCCAUCGAAUAUGUAUGGGAUUUUCUCUUUCGAGAACCCAAACCGAUCUCGCUCAUGACCGAGCCAAAUGCAGCCCAAGAGCUAACCCAAGCUCUAGAGAAGUUACAGUACAUCUCUGCGGUAGCCUGA